UACAUUUACACCACCCGGAGCGACUUCCCUGUCCCCCUCAUCCACUCGCCUGGGAACCAGCCGUCUGCACAGCAGAGGUCGAACUCUCGCCAGUGAUGGGUAUACUAGGGCCUCGUCUAUCAAGCUGGAUUCCGAUCUUGAGGUAUUGAAGGAAAAGGGGGUUGACCCCCCACCCCCCAUUUCCUUCAUGACUGUGAACAUGCAGGAGAAGGUUCUGUAUUACAGUGGUACAUGAGUUCACUUGUUUUUGCAAUUGUUUAACGAUCCUGCACCUGGGGGCACCGAAUUCGGUGUAUCAUUGGAAUUCCCUGUCCGACUUGCAUGAAUAUGCAUGUUUUUCAGUUCUCUGAUAGCUAAAGAUGAUGAUUUAACUACAUUUGCCUAACUAUAUUGGCAUAUUGCCAAUGUGCUUGCACUGGGUGUACAUGUGUCCACUGAUCUGUCAGAGGAUCAGAACAGGGCCAUUGAUAGGAGUUCCGGUACCACAGUGUUCUUGAUGUGGUUUUUACAUCCUGUUAGAAGUAAACUGGCUAAGCAAGAGACAAUGUGAUUUAAUCCAACAGAGACUGAAAUUCUCUAAUUAUGGAUUGUACUUUCAUGGGAGGAGAACCAAUCUUGUGUAGCGUCAUCUCCUCUGGGGAUUAAGCUCCCACCUCGUCUUCUGCAGCGAGGUUGUUUAGUAACCCUGUUGGUCGGCCUCGGAGCAGGAACCUUUUCGAAUCCAGGUAUUCAGGUUACUGCAGCUAUAUUAGCCCGUCUUUUUAUAGCUGAGCCCAGCUCUGUCGCCGUGCACAUUUCUGCCUGCCUGUCAGGAGCUGAUUGCGAGGAUUGGGUUACAGGGCUGUUUUUCUCAAUGCCUCACUGAGGGCAAUGCGAGCCAGAGACAGCAUUGCGACAGAUCGAGGCUUUUGGACACACGAGGCGCUGUGGGGGUGUAACGGACUCAUCGGGAGAAAAACGCCCCCUCUGUUUAGGAGGCUUUUGUAACGUGGUUUCUGGAGCUAGUUUGCAGCCUGAGCUUCUGUGUAAGCAUUAAGGGCUUUGAAGCGGGUCAUCUUCUGGAUUCCAGAUGCUGUUACUGUUAAAGAUUAAGGGUGGAGAUGGUGCAGCUUAUCUUCAAAAUGGUUUCAGUUUGUGCGCUUUUUGAGGAACAGCACCCCUGAGGAUAAUUCGCCAACGUGGUUUGAAUCGGUUAAAGCUGCAGUCACAGCAGGAGUUGUCUCUGAAUAAACCCCGGCUGCUGGUGGAUGGAGGACACCAGCUAAGUUUACGGGUUCCAGGUUCAGCUCCUCUAGAGAAUAUGGGAUCUCCGACAGCCGCCGCUCCAGCUGGAAGGUGUCCUCUGCCUUGACAGCAGUCACGUCAUGUGAUCGCCCGUGGGCCGACUCCCCGGUGGGGAGCAGGAGCAGACUGGGUGGUUCUGAGCCACUGGGGACCUGUUCCGGCUUCCUGAACGGAACCCAGGACAGCGAUAUGAAAAGAGCCAAGAUCUCCUAUUGCAGCAGAACGCCGUUCUCCAGAGAGCCAUGCUCACCCGUGCUGAGUGGAGCCUACUGCAACCCGGAUCCGUCAUGGCAGGUCCGCAGCACCCGCUCCCGAUCCUCAUCCUCGUCUCCCUCCGAGGGCGGGUGGUCCCGUCGGGAGCACGAUGGUCUCUCCAUGCAGGCCCCCAGGGCGGCUGGCCUGGCAUCCUCGCUGUAUCCUGAGCGUGCGGUGUCAUCUUACGCACAAGGAGCCCGGCCAAAAGAGAGCUUCACCUCGGGUCAGGCCAGUGCCACGACCCGGCGCCGGACCGGCCACUAUGAACCGUCCCCGCUGUCCCGUGACCCAUGCAGACCUGCCACCCCUUGGGCCGGACCAUCCCGCUCCCGUUCCUGGUACACCAGCUCAGCGGGGUCGUCAGAGACUACUGGCAGCAGCACCAGUGCCCCCCGCAGGCAAGCAGCCGACAGCGGGAGUCCCGAGGGGCGAUGUGCCACCAGGCAGCUGCUCUCCCGUCUGGCCAGCAGCAUGUCCUCCACGCUGUUCUCCCGGAGGCCCAGUCAGGACUCCAGCAGCUCUGACUCUGCAUCUUGCUCCUUCGACUCCUUGGAGGACUCUGCCGAUGCCCAGCGAGAGGAGAGCUCCCCAACCAGCGCCAGCAGUAGCAGAAAUAGCAGCACCGAUUCUUCCCAAGGCCUGCCUUUCCUUCGCCGUCGCCAUCACGCGGUGCGGGAAACGCACGCCGCCGAGGCCGACCCAGAGCCUCCAAGGGCGGGAACCUCCUGGCUAUCGUCUUCCCUGAGGAGCCGUUGCACCCCUCUGUUUUCCUGCAGGAGGCGGGAGGGCCUCCAGGAAGAUGAGGCACGACAGCCGUAUCGGAGCUCCCCUUUCCCUUUGCGGAGACGGGCUUCUCCGGAAACCAAAGCCACCGAUCAGGAAGAGGGAGAGGAUGACGAGGAGGAACCUGAAAGCGCUGGAGUAGUGGGGUCACCAGGGGCCACGGGGGCCUCAAACACCACUGUGCCGUGUCCUCCGCACGCAGGCAGAGCCCGUCGGAUGGCCGGGGUCACACCCAACUCUCUGUUCCACGUCUCUGUGUCGCCCUCUCUGGAGAGCUCACUGCCUGACAACGUGAUGAUCACAGUGGACAUCAUGGCUACUGGGAGAAGUGGCCCUGAGAUGGAGAAGCCUUCCUCUUCACGGGAUCCUGAGAAGCUCCGGAAAAUAAAGGAAAGCCUGUUGCUGGAGGAGUCUGAUGAGGAGGGUGACCUUUGCCGAAUCUGUCAGAUGGCGGAGGAGUCACCCUCCAACCCACUGAUCGCGCCGUGCCGGUGCACUGGGAGCCUGCAGUAUGUUCACCAGGACUGCAUGAAGAAGUGGCUGAGCUCCAAGAUCAGCUCAGGUUCUGCCCUGGACACCAUCACCACGUGUGAGCUGUGCAAGGAGAAGCUACAGCUCAACAUCGACAAUUUUGACAUCAAUGAGCUGUACAGGAUGCGUGAGAGGUCAGAGAAUGAGUUCAUAAGCUGCGGCCUCUACCUGGUGGUCCUACUGCACCUGUGUGAGCAGCGUUUCUCGGAUGUACUGGGAGCGGCCAAUGAUGCCGGGGUGAGAGAUUGGGAGCUGUGCCGCGUUCGGGCCUACACCUCUCAUUUUUUCAACAUGGCGAGAACUCUUCAUGAGUACAUGGACGAGCUCGAAAGCUCGAACGGAGACUCUGAAGAAGAGGUGCCAGACCGCAGGCCUGCUAUUCACUUCUGCGACUUGGAUGACGACGAUGAUGAAGAAGAUUAUUGAAAAGCCCUCUGACCUUUUGAGUUUUCCGGCAAAUUUUUCAGUGCUGAUGUGCUUUCUUUUCUUUUCUUAUGUAUAGCUUGGCAGAAGCAAGCCUGCGGCAUUGAACUCUUGACUUGUUUUCCUGUAGGGGUUCUAUCGCUGAUUUAAAUGUGAUUAGGUUGUUUCCCCCACCCCCAUUGAUUGUGUGAGGUCUGUUCAUAUGAAUGAUAGACUGAUUGACCACUAGCCAUAUAGACAGGAGUUCUGGUGUAAAGCUACCGUGUCAUUGUCUUGCCCCAAAGGUGACUUUCACCAGUUUUCAUUCACCUUCCCUUGUCAAAUUAAGGUAAAAAAUGAAAGAUGGGUUCUUUACUUAUUGUGUGUUGCUUUAAUUACCUGAAUUGUGGGUGGGGGGGGAGAGAUCUGGGGGAAAAAAGCAAUUUUUCACCACUGAAUUAUAGUGAUGCUGUUUGUCAACCUUUUGCCUGCUCUUUAGGUUGGGGUAUAAAAUGUCAUUUCCUUGGUGAAGCUGGUUGUUCAUGUUUUAAUAAUUAAAAUUUAAUAAAUAAAAAUCUGAUGUACAAUA